AUGGACUAUUUCAAACGGAUGAAGGAGCGAGACAACCGUUUUUACUAUGAUGUUGAUUACAAUAAAGAAUGUCAAAUUAUUCGGAUUCUUUUUGCUGAUCUUCGGAGGAUUGCCUCAUAUGAGUACUUUGGGGAUGUUGUUAGCUUUGAUACGACAUACCUAACAAACAAGUAUGACAUGCCAUUUGCUGCCUUUGUCAAAGUGAACUAUAACAGGAAGGCCUUGCGACAUAUUAGGCAUAGGUGGUGCUUGUGGCAUUUAAUGAAGAAGGUUCGUGAGAAGUUGAAAGGAUAUGGUUGCUAUAAAGAAAUUCAGAGCAAGAGAAUUUUCAGAGGGCAUUCCACCAUCACGAGUUGCUACAUGGUAGACCAUAGACUGCCGUACGUAAAGCAUUAUGAUCGUCUUCGGGACCAUUUCAGCAAGGUUGUGAAAGUAGUUCUACACUCUGAGCAGUACAACGACCUCCUGCACAACUUGCUCAAGGAGUUCUGUGUUGGCCUUUCCCAAAACAUUCUUUGCAGCGACUGUGGUGCAUCCUUUAAUUGUGGUGGAAAAGGAGUAAGCGAGUGUGGUAGAGUUGAAACUGAUGCCAAUCUCAUCAUCCAUGGUCCCAAGAGGCUUAAACAGAAGGGCCGCCCCUCAAAGGCUAGAAAGAUUUUGACUUUUGAAUGUGAAUUUGAAAAAUGCAAUAAGCAUUCGCUAAAGACGCAUGUGGAAUCUAAUUCUAACAAUUAG